CGCGCUCGCUCACGGAACUACACUUCCCAAUUCUCCCCGCUUGUCCCGUGACGCUCAUUGCACCGUGAGCCCAGAGCGGGGUUUCAACAACUGCGCCCCACUUUCUCAGAUCCGGUGCUGAACCCAGCCCCCGGCUCCGACUGGGCUCCACCAUGGAGGAGGCAGACCGAAUCCUCAUCCAUUCCUUGCGCCAAGCUGGCACGGCAGUCCCUCCAGAUGUGCAGACCCUACGAGCCUUCACCACUGAGCUGGUGGUAGAGGCUGUGGUACGCUGCCUGAGAGUGAUCAACCCUGCCGUGGGCUCUGGCCUCAGCCCUCUGCUGCCUCUAGCCAUGUCUGCUCGGUUCCGUCUGGCCAUGAGCCUGGCUCAGGCCUGCAUGGACCUGGGCUAUCCUUUGGAGCUUGGCUAUCAGAACUUCCUCUACCCCAGUGAGCCUGACCUCAGGGACCUGCUUCUCUUCUUGGCUGAGCGUCUGCCCACCGAUGCCUCUGAGGACGCAGACCAACCUGCAGGUGACUCAGCUAUUCUCCUCCGGGCUAUCGGGAGCCAAAUCCGGGACCAGCUGUCCCUGCCCUGGGUCCCACCUCUCCUUCGAACACCCAAACUCCAGCACCUCCAGGGCUCAGCCCGCCAGCAUCCUUUCCAUGUCAGCAGGCUGGUCAUGCCUGAGUUGAGUUCCAGAGAAGAGCCACGGGAGUUCCAGGCAAGUCCCCUUCUGCUGCCAGUCCCUGCACAGGUGUCCCAGCCUUCUGGGAGGGCAGCCUCACUCCUUGAACACCAUGCCAUCCAGCUCUGUCAGCACGUAGGCCGGGAUCGCCCAGGGGAGGAGGACUGGGUACGCCGCGCGCCUCGCCUCCCACCCCAGGAGGACACCCGGGCUCCACGGCAGCGGCUCUACAAACAGCUGGCUGAGCACCUGCGCCAGAACUGGGGCCCACUUGCAGCCCCCACACAAGCCCGGGACCUGGGAGAGCUGCUCCAGGGCUGGGGUGCUGGGGCCAGGACUGGUGCCCCCAAGGGAUCCCGCUUCACACAUUCAGAGAAGUUCACCUUUCAUCCGGAGCCCCAGGCCCAGGCAGCCCCAGUGUCAGAUGUGACAGCUACCUCCAGGCAGCUUGAACAGGACACGCGGGCAGCUCAAGAACAGGAGCUAGAGUCCCUUCGGGAGCAGUUGGAGGGCGUGAACCGCAAUAUUGAAGAAGUGGAAGCCAACAUGAAGACUCUAGGAAUCAGCCUUGUGCAGGUGGAGACAGAGUGUCGGCAGAGUGAGCUCAGCAUGGCAGAGCGUGAGCAGGCCCUGCGCCUGAAGAGCCGGGCGGUGGAGCUGCUACCAGAUGGGGCUGCCAAUCUCGCCAAGCUGCAGCUUGUGGUGGAAAGCAGUGCGCAGCGGGUCAUACACUUGGCGGGUCAGUGGGAAAAGCACCGUGUUCCACUUAUUGCUGAGUACCGCCACCUUCGAAAGCUCCAGGAUUGCAGGGAGCUGGAAUCUUCUCGACGACUGGCAGAAAUCCAGGAAUUGCACCAGAAUGUUCGGGCAGCUGCUGAAGAGGCCCGCAGGAAGGAGGAAGUCUAUAAGCAGCUGGUGUCAGAACUGGAGACUCUGCCGAGAGAUGUAUCCCGGCUGGCCUACACCCAGCGCAUCCUGGAGAUUGUGGGCAAUAUCCGGAAGCAGAAAGAAGAGAUCACUAAGAUCCUGUCUGACACGAAGGAGCUUCAGAAGGAAAUCAACUCACUCUCUGGGAAGCUGGACCGGACAUUUGCAGUGACUGAUGAGCUCGUAUUCAAGGAUGCCAAGAAGGAUGAUGCUGUUCGGAAGGCCUACAAGUAUCUAGCUGCGUUGCAUGAGAACUGUAGCCAACUCAUCCAGACCAUCGAGGACACAGGCACUAUCAUGCGGGAGGUUAGAGACCUUGAGGAGCAGAUCGAGACAGAGAUGGGUAAGAAGACCCUCAGCAACCUGGAGAAGAUCUGUGAGGACUACCGAGCCCUUCGUCAGGAGAAUGCUGGCCUCUUGGGCCGGGUCCGGGAGGCCUGAGGAGCUCCUGUGGAGGGCUUCCCCAGCCACAGACAGGGACGUGGGGUGCUGAAGGUGGUAGCCAAGUGCUGCUUGCCCUAGCCAUUCCCUCCAUUUGCCAUCAGUUCCUCCUGCUGUGACCUUAGUUCCAGACACUUACUCAUUUGACCCCAACCCUGAUUUGGGGUAAUCGUCCAGCAUGUGGGAGUUUGGUUGCAGUUUAUUGGGGAGGGCACUGGGGGUUGGGGGCCUUGGAUCCCAAAUAAAGGAGGGGCUCUUCUGCAGU